AUGGCCUGGUACCGUCCGCUAUGGCCUGGUACCGUCCGCUAUGGCCUGGUACCGUCCGCUAUGGCCCGGUACCGUCCGCUAUGGCCUGGUACCGUCCGCUAUGGCCUGGUACCGUCCGCUAUGACCCGGUACCGUCCGCUAUGGCCCGGUACCGUCCGCUAUGGCCCGGUACCGUCCGCUAUGGCCCGGUACCGCCGCUAUGGCCCGGUACCGUCCGCUAUGGCCUGGUACCGUCCGCUAUGGCCCGGUACCGUCCGCUAUGGCCUGGUACCGUCCGCUAUGACCCGGUACCGUCCACAUUGGCCCGGUACCGUCCGCUAUGACCCGGUACAAUCCGCUAUGACCCGGUACCGUCCGCUAUGGCCCGGUACCGUCCGCUAUGACCCGGUACCGUCCACAUUGGCCCGGUACCGUCCGCUACGACCCGGUACCGUCCGCUAUGGUCCGGUACCGUCAGCUAUGGUCCGGUACCGUCCGCUAUGGCCUGGUACCGUCCGCUAUGGCCUGGUACCGUCCGCUAUGGCCUGGUACCGUCCGCUAUGGCCUGGUACCGUCCGCUAUGGCCUGGUACCGUCCGCUAUGGCCUGGUACCGUCCGCUAUAG